AUGGACAUGGACAUAGCCAUGGACAUGGACAUGAUCAUGAUCAUGAUCAUGGCGAAGAUGAUAAUACAUAUCCAUGGAGUUAGUGUCACAACCCACGAACAUCAUGGUCAUGGUCAUGGUCAUGGUCAUGAUCAUGGUCAUGGUCAUGGUCAUGGUCAUGAACAUGAUCAUGAUGAAGGACAUAAUGAGCCUCUAUUGAAAACCUACUCAUCAAAAGAAACGAAGAAAAGGGGGAAUAUAAAUGUGCAAGGUGCGUAUCUUCAUGUUUUAGGGGAUUUAAUACAGAGUAUCGGGGUAAUGAUAGGGGCAGGGGUAAUAUGGUACAAACCAAGCUUAAAAGUAAUAGAUCCGAUAUGUACUUUGCUGUUUUCGGUGAUUGUUCUGUAUACAACAAUCAAUAUGCUUCGGGACAUAUUGGAGGUGUUAAUGGAGAGCACACCAAGAGAAAUCGAUGCAACAAGUCUUGAAAGAGGGCUUUGUGAAAUAGAAGAAGUGGUUGCGAUUCAUGAGUUGCAUAUUUGGGCAAUUACUGUUGGGAAAGUGUUGUUGGCAUGCCACGUCAGGAUUAGGCCUGAAGCUGAUGCUGAUAUGGUUCUUGAUAAGGUCGUGGAUUAUAUCAAAAGAGAGUAUAACAUCAGCCAUGUCACCAUUCAGAUUGAGAGAGAAUAA